ACUUUUAUCAAUAAUUUGUCUUCUGUCAUCAGGUGAUAGGGGUAGGGAGUGGAAUUCUUGAAAUUGGGAUAAAUCGACAGUAAUUUCUUAAAACAAUAUGUCUGGGAAAGAAAAACUAGCGAUUUUCCCUUCUCGGGGAGCUCAAAUGUUAAUAAAAGGCCGUUUGGCUGGAGCAGUUAAGGGCCACGGGCUGCUGAAAAAGAAGGCAGAUGCCUUACAAGUCAGAUUCCGUAUGAUUUUGAGUAAAAUUAUCGAGACGAAAACCCUUAUGGGUGAGGUGAUGAAAGAAGCUGCAUUCUCAUUAGCAGAGGCUAAGUUCACAACUGGUGAAUUCAACCAGGUGGUACUCCAAAACGUUACAAAGGCACAAAUUAAGAUUCGCUCCAAGAAAGACAAUGUUGCUGGUGUUACACUACCAAUUUUCGAAUCAUACCAAGAUGGUUCAGAUACAUAUGAGCUAGCAGGUCUAGCUAGAGGUGGCCAACAGUUGACCAAGCUCAAAAAGAACUUCCAAAGUGCUGUCAAGCUUUUGGUGGAGUUGGCAUCGCUGCAGACUUCUUUCGUGACAUUGGAUGAAGUAAUUAAGAUCACAAAUAGACGUGUCAAUGCUAUUGAGCAUGUGAUCAUUCCUCGUCUGGAGCGUACCCUGGCCUACAUCAUCUCUGAGCUGGACGAGCUCGAGCGUGAGGAGUUCUACCGUCUGAAGAAGAUCCAGGACAAGAAGAAGAUCAUACGCGAGAAGGCAGAGGCGAGAAAGGCAAAGAUGCUCGAAGCUGGCAAAGACGUGCGCGACAUCGCGAACUUACUCGACGAGGGAGAUGAAGACUUGCUCUUCUAAACAAGCGCCAUUAGGAAUUCUAUUUAACCUGUUAGUAGUGAGCAGUCAAAUUGGAGCCAACGUUUGAUCCACACCAAUCAUGUAGCAUCCAGUGUUGAUCCUAUCACCAAGUUGGAGCCAACAUUAGAAUAAUAAUUGGAUUAGAAUAAUUACCCAAUAAUUAUUGGAUCUGCACAAAAAAAAACUAAACACUAUUUUCAUAUAUGGGUGGGUUAAACUUUUUUUUAGCUUUAUGAAAGCUCUUGUCUUUCAAAAGUGGUCAGUGUCGGCAGUUUCGUUUUCAUAUAUUUCUUGUUUUUCUUAAAAAAAAAUAGCGUAGAUUUUUUUUUCUCAGAAAAUUAUGAUUCUUAGUUCUUGCAAUAUAUAGUUUUAUAAUCAAAUGUUAUCAGUAUUUGUGGAAAUUUCUUAAAGGCUUCACAUUUGACUGCGUAAGAGAAUGAUAUUACAGUGUUCAAUAACUGUGUACAUAAUUAUAACGUCAUUGUUAAUCGCUUGAAAUUAUAACUUAUUGCCUAUGCGUUACGGUUUAAAAUCUAAUGAUACGCAUCGUUUUUUUCAGUAGGCGUCUUAAAUGUAAGCAUUCCAGCAGUUUUCUUUUAAGUGAAAAUAGUGAUUAUAAUUCGCUCUUUAUUUAAUGAAAUAAGGAAAAAUGGAAAAUGGUCAACAAAUAAUACAAAAAAUGUUAUGUACCACCGUAAAUUUUAAAAAUACCCGCAUUUUUAUGUUUCCAAUAAAAACUGAACGCAUAUUUCUUUGAAUUAUUUAUUUAGUUACAUUCAUGUGUGUUAUUUAACGCCUUUAAGAUGUGUAACGUGUGUUUAUAGAAAUGAAAAAGAAAAAUGUGUUUUCCUAUUCCAACAAUUAUGGACGUCAUAAGUGACUUGUUAAAAUAUAGUGAACGGAUCGGUAACUUGACGACGCUAGGCAUACCUACAUCUUAACAAUGGCUUAUAGAUAUCUAAAAGGCCAUUAUUAUUUUGGAUUCACAUACUUUAAAGUGCUAACUAAAGUGCUAGCCACCUGACUAGGACCCGUGAAUUGAUUUCUUUUUGGUUUUGGUUUUUGGGUCUAGUUAUUUGGCUUGUAAAAGUAGUUUAAUUUAAUAUUUAACUACCUUAUGUUUAAACUUCCAAAGUGUGUAAACGCAAUAAAACCAAUUUGAAGGUACUUAUAAAAAGUCCCACUAGUGCAUUAACGAUGCGAUCGCCGGACAAAGCGGACGUGUCGUUCCAUACAAAGCGCGCUUGCAAAUGCUAUUAUAAUAAGUAUUUUCUAUAUCACAAUGAAACAAUCAUGUAAAGUGUAGAUAACACUUAUACUUUAAUUUGAAUUUGAGUCCACCAAUCAGAUUGUAGAAGAAUUACAUGAAAUCGUCUUGUUUAACGUCCUUUUUCUAUAUUCAAUCUAUCUGUAAUCUGUUGAAAGGUUGCUUAGCAAAGUUGUUGUUUGUUAAAAAUUGUACGGAUAUUUUUCACAAUAACAACGUUGCUAAGUUAUAGAUUACGGAUGGAUUGAAAGUUAUCUAAUCGGUCGAUCCUACACAGUGCAUCCGAAUGAGACUAUAUUAUAUGUCUGCACUUAAAAUUAAGUUACAGAAAUACGCGAAUGUUUAAAUGCGAUCCGUUCUUAACAUUGGUAAUUUAAUAAUUAGUUUUAAGCAAUAAAAUAUAUGCAGAGUUUUGGAUUGUCAGUCGUUCCGUCGUAGUUCAAGACAUAACAUAGACGAAUUAUUGCGUUCCGAAUGUACGUGUUAUGCUUGAUUGUAGAAAUGCCAAGCAUAAAGCGUAAUUACACAAAAUAAAGUAUUUAAUGGUAUUUCCUUUGAAUUGUUGUUCGAUAUAGAUUUUAAGUGAACAUGUAAAUACAAGUUGGUGAAAUGAAAUAUUAUUAUUGAUGAAA